AUGCCAGAGUUUGAACUUGAUACCUGCGAUACCUUGACGCCACGUCAGCACUCCUCGACCAACAUGGAAGAUUCCGAUGCCCAGGCACUCACCUCCAAAGGCAAGACGGGCGACAUGACCAUCCACAUCCAGGAUGCCAGUCAGCGGAUGCAAGGCCUCUGUGAUCAUGACGGAGAGACUCCUUGUGAGGACUACGUACUUGAUUACCUCACUCGCCAGGCUGAAGAGCAGCACACAACCAAGGAGGACUGCCAGAACCGCAAUUUUGCCUGUUCAUUCUGUGCCGCAGUCUUCAAGACCAAGUUCGGGGCCGCAGAGCAUGUGCUAUCGACUCAUCACCGUGAACCAAAGCACAAGUGUGAAACCUGCCACAUGGGAUUCAGUUCCCAGGCCAAGGCGGACCCGCACAUGGAUAUGCUAGGUCACUGGCGCCCAAAAUUCGGUUUCAAGACCUGUGGCCGUAUUUUCUCGACACAGGCCCUUGUCGAUCAGCACAUAGUUGAUCGGCACCAGAAGGAAGAGGCGUCUUCCCAGCCAGCAAGCCGGUAA